CAAACACAGCUUGCCUCACCCAAAUCCCUAUUCGCCAACGAUGGACAAAAGUAGAAUGUUCAGAAAUUAUUGAUUUCGGUCAAAUUCAAAGAGAUCUUUAAUGAAGUGUUUUUUUUUUCAUCCGCCCCGCUGGUACACAUUUUCUUCGCGCCUUCGUUUACCUCGCUCGCUGUUGCAUACAUUGCCCAGCGCCUAUUCAAUCUUUCCAGCCGAACGCAUAUAUCCCUAAAUAGGGAUUAACAUGAGCUGCACUUUUUUUACCUGUACUUACUUUCCUCCUCUCUGGUGUUCCUUUCUCAUUUUACUUCGCUUUCUUCGACUACCCCGUCUUACCGGUGAUCCCGCGUCCGGAUGAUGUGAUAUUUAUUGGUUCACGGAUUUGUGACUACCUUACUCGGCCAGUGUGUCACUGCAGUGUGGACGGGUUUGAGCGUUAUGUUUCAGCCAGCGAAAACUUGAUACUUUAUAGCCGAGUCAAGAGUAUCGUCCACACAAAAGAGGCUAGCCGACUAGUUAUAGUAUCGAAGCUGUUUGUUAAAAACCGAUUAUCUUAAGAUUCCACGAUAGGCACUCGCGAACCGCGCGCCAAGAUGAAUCGGGAAGGAAGAGUGUGGCCCUGUGUGGUGUUUCUGAUAGCAGUAUGCGCGGAAGCGAUCGUUGCUCAUGUACACGGCAAUUUGAAAGCGCUGCUGGCACAUGACAUCUCAUCGCACGAAGGUACAAGGGAUGAUUUCAAUAUCGAUUUAGCUCGCAACUUUCACUCGCCACGGCUGGAAUACAACGAAUGGUUACCGGUGGGCCGUGGUGAUCCGCUCAAGAACGAUCCAACGUACGACUACAGUCCACCGGUGCUGGACCGUGUGCGCUACUGGUCCGACGGUACGAAGGAUAAGUCGUCGGGCAACGACAUCCUGCUGCUGGGCGUUCCCUCCAAGAAGACGGUCGGUGUGAGCAAAGAAUGGAACAGUAUCCCGUUACGCCGAAACUACUACUCGACGGGGCAUCAGCAUCACUCGGUAGCGACCAGCCCGAACCAGCUGCCUCAUACCGUUCUAAUGCCACCGCCGCGUAACAACUAUCUCGGCGGUGCGGAAGGGACCGGAUUUUGGGGUAGAGAGUCAUCCGCCUCCCAGCGAGUCGAUACACAGCCUGGUAAUGGCUUCAAAUAUCGGCCUGGAAGUUCCUAUCAAGAACAAUUUUCUGGUGUGAAGCACUCCGAGCCCCUUCUGUCGCAGCCCAUUACGGCACAAUUCCAACAUCACCAUCAGCCCCAGCUGCAAGGAGCCAGCGGAUUCAACCGACAACAGCAACCGUACGUCACAACAAUACGCCUGACGACUCCGGCCGGAGACAUUGUGAAGCGCCCCCUACUCAAGACGAUACUACAGAAUGAACAUUCCUAUCCGUUCACGAAAACCGCCAUGACCAGUACGGUUACCGAGUACACUUCCGGCGGGUUCUACGACGUACAAAACAUUAACGCCAUGGCACAAACGAUAUUCCAUCCUCCGCAAACUACCGAAUACCUUCAAUCGCAACCACCGUCGUUCCCGUCAACCAAAACGGUACCCAAGAUGAGUAAAGACACCCGCACACCUCAGCAAUACGUUACCCCUGUCGGUCCCUUCGUAACACCGGGCACUACUCACCUGCCUACCACGAUGAUGUCCACCACGACAAUGCGCAGUCCAAUCACGCUACCGAGCUCUUCCAGCACGGCAAGCUCCAUGGUAACGACGCCGCCUACUCCAAUCCCAAUGACGACCGAUUCGGUCUUUUCCCACUACACACAAUCGGCAACAUCGGAACGUUGGUCACCGUAUCUCAUCAUAGAGGGCCACUCGAAGGUGAAAACGUACGGACUGAAUACGAACGACACACUAAUGCAGCUGCCUCGCAUGGUUCCCGUCACUAGCACAAAAGAUCCGAUCGUACGGCAUGUGGUCAACCGUGAUCCUGACACUGGUGCCGAGCUGGCAGUCACACACAUCGCUACCAAGCGCCCGCCAGUGUACGAAAUUCACACGGAAGCCGCACCGCGAACUGUGAAGAAAAAUGGAGCCGGAAUUCAGCAGCAGCGGCAAGACGAGUCGUCCGUCGACACGCUACUUACACUGCUCGAAGAAAGCUCAUUCGAGGAUAUGCUGAAAGUGGAGAAAGCACCGGAAAAUGCCCUGGACGAUGGUACGGCCAAUUCCGUCAGCAAGGACAGCAAGACGCGCCGAAAUGUGCGCGUGACGCGACAGAUCUACCGACUCGAGCGGCCGUGAUGUAUUUUUUUCUUUUUUUUUUAAUGACCAUACGUUGCCGUCAUUAUACGAUAUACGCUAUCAUAUGGGACCGAGCACGUUAGCGUAUCUCGAGUUUUUGCGUAUAGCGGAUAGUUGCUGUAUGUCAGACAUGGGCGGCCCCGUGGUACAGUCUAGUGUUGGGAAAUACGAAUUCUAAGAGGGAUUCGAAUCUUCGAAUCCCAAUCUUGCUUGGGAUUCAAAUCUCCGAGAAAUGGAUUCAAUCUUCAAAUAUUCCAAGUCCCGAAUCUCCCAAUACUAGUACAGUAGGUGACCGCUAACUGGAUGUGUUUUAACUGGAGUGCUUUUUAACUGGAGGUUCGCUAACUGGAGUGAUUCUCAGUUAACGAACACUUAAACGUCAAAACAUGAAUCAUCCGGAAUCUCACGAAGAGAAAUUUGUCGCAAAUGUGCAUUUUUCAAACAAAUUUAAGGUCUUUUGCCUACGUUUGCUAUAAAUUUAUGUUAUUACACGAAUUAAUAUACUUUAUAUGAACAUAAAU